CUUUGGUGGCCUAAUGGUUAUGGUUCUCAACCUUUAUAUACUUUACAAUUAAAAAUUUAUUUAAACGAUACUUUAUUAGAUUCAAUUAAAAAAAGAAUAGCUUUUCGUUCAAUUUAUUUAAAUCAAAGUUUUGUAACUGAAUUAGACCAUGACAAGGGACGCUUUUUUCAAUUUGAAGUUAAUAAUAUACCUAUAUUUCUUAAAGGUUUAAUAUAUUAAAAUCAUUUAAUAAAAAUGUCGUUUUACAAAAAUUGUUUUAGAAUUUUUUUAUGCCCAAAAGCUUUGAAAUUUUGGAUAAUAUUUUUAGAUUGUUUUUUAAUAGAUCCCAAACUUGAGAAUUUUUAGAACAUUUGAAUUUGGUCGUUUAUUUUGGUCUUUGAAUGAAACGACCAGAUGUGUUAAAGAUUUAUUUAAUGAACACAAAACAAUUUUUUGAAAAUAAAUUUUUUUUAGUCUAGGUACCAAUUUUGUUCCAAUAUCAAUAUUUCCUUCACGCAAUAAUACAUUAAGACGUAAUUUUCUUUUUCAUUCAAUGAUUGAAGCAAAUAUGAACGUUUUGCGUGUUUGGGGUGGUGGAUUUUAUGAAGAUGAUGAUUUUUAUAGUUUAGCUGAUGAAUUAGGUUUACUUAUUUGGCAGGAUUUUAUGUUUGCCUGCGCUUUAUACCCAGUAAAUAAAGCUUUUUUAAAUUCUGUUAAAAGAGAAGUUACAGAACAGGUUCUUCGUUUAAGACAUCAUCCAUCUUUACUUUGUUGGGCAGGAAAUAAUGAAAAUGAAUUGGCUAUAAGUGCUGGUUGGUAUUUUGCAAAAAAUUAUUCGAAAGAAUUACAAUCAAAAGAUUAUUUAAUUCUCUAUAAACAAACAAUACAACCAAUAGUUGAUAAAUUAGAUACAAGCAGACCUUUUCUUUUAUCGAGCCCUUCAAAUGGAAUUGAAACGGAAAUUAAGGGAGGUAUUUCUGAAAAUCCUGGAAGUCCUCUCUAUGGAGAUAUUCACUUUUAUGCUGAAACAAAAAAUCUUUGGGAAGAUUCUACUUAUUUAAUUCCUCGAUGUGCUUCAGAAUUUGGUGUUCAAUCAAUGCCUUUUAAAUCAACAAUGGUUAAUUGGAUUAAAGAAGAAGAUUGGAAAUAUACAAGUGAAACUUUAUUGGAAAGACAGCACCAUCCAGGGGGUGCUUUAACUCUUCCAAUAAUGAUUUUACAACAUUUUUUGGUUUUAUUUUUUUAUUUUUUAUUAUUAAAUAAUAGUUGUCAUCAAAUUCUUCUACUUCUUUUAUUGAAGAAUUUGCCUUUUUAUCUCAAAUGGCGUUCUAAUUUAAAUUUAACAAAUGGAUUGGGUUAUACAAUGUGUGCAAUGUAUUGGCAGUUAAAUGAUGUUUGGGCUGCUCCGACUUGGUCUACAAUAGAUUUUAAUUUACGGUGGAAAAUUAGUCAUUAUUUUGUUAAGCGGUCUUUUGCUCCUUUAAUUUUAUCGAUGUUUUUUGACCAAAAUGAAAAUUUUCAUCUUUUUGUCUGUUCUGAUAUACUUGAAAAUAUUUAUAACUCCACAAUUACAAUUAAAGUUUUUAUUUUACAAUAUGGAAAUGAUCCAAUUUAUGAACAAAUAAUAAAAUUAAAUAAAAUAUCUUUAUUGUCAUCUAAUGAAAUUUAUUUACCUGAAGAAUUUAAUUGGAAAAUAAAAAAUAAUGUAAGUUUAGGGAUCAAUCUAGAGGGUCAAAUUCAAAUAUUUGGGUGGAUAAAGGAAUUGUGCAGAUUAAGACGGUUUUGUGCGAGGGGGAUAUCGAUGGAUAUGGGUGAUUAA